AUGGGCCACAUAGAAGAAGUGUGUAAGGGUAAUUUAGGCAAUCCUGCAGAGGAUCCAAUUUGUGAAGAUAUUGAUGGACAACAAAGUGUAAGACUCGAUGAAUUUGAAGCAUUUACAGAUGAUUAUUCAACUUAUGAUGACUUUGAUGUUGAGUACAGUGUACCAAAUGGUGAAGACAAUCAAGUAGAAAUGGAAAUUCUAGAGGGCAUGGUAAGUGAUGAUAGUGGAGAUGCUUUCUAUAGUCGGAAUGGAGAUGGUUCUGAUUAUAGUGGAGAUGAUUCUGAUGAUAGUGACUACAUUGUACAUGAGUCUAACUUUCCAUUUGAUGUGGAUGUAGACAUGAGUGAAUCCCAAAGUGUCAUGGAUGUAGAUGAACAUGGAAUUUUAAACAAGCAAACCGAAAGUAUAGCGAAUGACAUAGUUGAUGAAGAGUUGGAAGUUAUUCAAAGUGAUGAUUAUCAGUAUGCAGGAUUUUAUGAAGAUGAAAGGACAAAAAUGCUUAAGGAGUUGAGUAACCCUAAAAUUCCAAUCAAAGCUUUACACGAGGAGUUGUGUAAGAAGCUAGAGCUUGUAGCAUCUAAACCGGCUUGGGAACUACAAACUCAGCCACACCAACGAAGGAAUGACUACACCACCCACACCCACACGUCCUUGCUCGGAGAUAAACACAACCACCCACCUCGUGGUGGUGUACGGAGAAGACAAUGGCACUGGAAGGCUGCCACAACGACAUCUAACGGUGGUGGCUAG